AUGGCAUCCUGCGCGAUGUCCGCCGCCUGUCCCGUCCUGUUCCCAGCGAAGGCUCAACGGCGCUGUUCCACGAGCCCCGGGGGUCUGGGCCGCAACGCGCCGGAUGUGCAUCCACGAGGGCACUGUAUCCUGGCAUCGCGGCGCCCCAUGUCGUCAUUGAGGUCGCGCACGGCGCGCAGCAAUCAGAUUCGUCGCUUGGUGUGGGUGCGCGCAUCGUCUGGGCCGGGCGGAGACGAGGACGCCGACAACCCCGUCGUCGAUGCCUUCAAGAACCUGACAACGCUCACGCCGAAGCGCGCCGCGAUCCUCGCGCUGGUCGCGCUCGCCGCGCUGCUGGUGCUCCCGCGCGCACUGCUCCUGCUCCUGGUGGGCGUCGAGCGCACGCUGGUGGUCAGCCUGGUGGCCGCGGAGGAGCUGCUCGUGCAGGCCUCGUUCGCGCUCGUGCGGGUCGCGGCGGUCCUCGGCGUGGCCCUCGGCGCCGUCUUCCUGGCCUGGCAGUACCUCUCCGACUCGACGACGGACGCGAAGAAGAAGUGA